UUUUUCUUGUUUUAAUCGAAUUUUUAUUGUCUUUAAUUGACUCUUUCUUGCAAAUUCAUGUUCUGUAUGCCUACAGUAUUCCAUUUCUCUGUUUCUUAUUUCAGGCGGAAGCUUCAGAUAAUUUAAUUUAAAUAGUCAGAUUUAAAGAGAGGUUUCUGUUUUCUGGGUUAAAUCAAUGGCCGGUAUGUUACCUGGCGUUGAAUGCGCUCGCCGGCGACGUUUUCAUCAAAGCUGUGAUACAUCUUGGGCCGCCGUCUCUAGCUCCACUAGAAGAUCUUCUUUUUGCUUGUACACAAGCAACCAUGAAAGUUCUCAGACUUCUAUCUCCUCUUCUCUGGGAAGCAUAACAAAGGAGGCAUACGAGGCUGAAAAGUUAGGAGAAGUGGCAAGACAAGCCAAGGAGAGAUUAGAUGAAAGGCUUAGAAAUCAAAGAAAAUCAUCAUCCAAAAUGCAAGAAGCCAGUAAAAGCUCGAGAGGAGCAGAAUUGGCAGUUGGUGAAUUGCAAACAGAGGAUUCUGGAACAAAGAAAAAUGGGUCAGCUAAGAAAUUUAAUUGGGCAAAAAUGAGAAGGAAGGCAGCUGAGUAAGUGUGGGUGCACUUACCAAUAUCAUGUGUUCAAAUGAGGACAUUAAUUAGUUAUGUUAGAGGUCCAAAUUAGGUUAAACAGAAAACGAAAAUUAGAUCAGUGUGGUCUAUCAUAUUAUGAGUUAUUACACAACUGCACAAUAGGAUAGACCUUAUUCUGCUCUGUCUGGGCUCUCAUGUAUUUAAACAAGUGUUGAAUGAAGGUCAUAAAGUGAUGGUGUUUGUGUCCGUAGUAAUUUUUUUCAUCUUCAAUUGGUACAAUAGUUAUUAAAACUGAGCAAGAUGUAAUAAACAAUUAUCUGUGUAUAAUUGAGAAACUCUACGAUUAUCAUCACAA